CGGCGCGCAACAGCCGUCGGCUGCAGCAGCAACAAGUGCAUCGUGAUCGCCAUGUGGUCGGUCUUCUCCGGAAGGACUGCUGCGGCGGUGUGCUCCGAGUUUUGCGCCGAAACGCCGGGCUUAUAACCUGGUGUCACGCGAGGAUAAGGCGUCCGCUCAGACGUCGUCUCUUUCGAGGACCGCGGAGACAGCAGGACAAUCGCUCAAGGUUCCCCUUUUUAUUGGCGACGAGCUCUUGCCGAGCAGUGCGUGAAAGAUGGUUCCCCUGGAUGCGUCAACGGGCAACCUCCUGUGGAUCCUGGUGGUGGGCUUCAUCCUAGCCUUCUUCCUGGCGUUCGGCGUGGGCGCUAAUGAUGUUGCCAACUCGUUUGGCACCUCAGUGGGCGCCAAGGUGCUCACGCUGCGACAGGCCUGCAUCUUGGCCACCAUCUUCGAGAUCCUCGGCGCCGUCCUCAUAGGUUACAAAGUAUCUGACACGGUUCGCAAGGGCAUACUCGACGUAUCCAUGUACGAAGGGGCCCCGAAGGAUCUCAUGCUUGGCAACCUGGCUGCCCUAGGCGGAAGCGCCAUUUGGAACAUCCUGGCGACGGCGUUCAGCCUUCCCAUCUCGGGCACGCACAGCAUCGUGGGCGCCGUGGUGGGCUUCUCGCUGGUGGCGCGAGGCCUGCGCGGCAUCCGCUGGUGGGAGCUGGGCAAGAUCGUCCUCUCCUGGUUCAUCUCGCCCGUCCUGUCGGGCAUCGUCUCCGCCGUCCUCUACAUGCUCAUCCAGUUUCUCAUCCUGAGGAAGGAAAAGCCACUGGAGCCUGGUCUGAGGUCACUGCCAUUUUUCUACGGGUUCACUCUCUUCGUGAAUGUCUUCUCUGUUGUACAUGAUGGACCACGCUUGCUCAAGUUCAACCUUAUUCCCUGGUGGGGUGCCAUGAUCGUUGCUGUCGCCAUUGCUCUGAUCUCCAUAAUUGUCGUCUGGUUCUUCAUCGUUCCUCGUCUUAGGGCCACCAUUGAGAGGGACCUUUCCAGUGACACUGAUAACGACCGAAUAACCAUGACCGAAUUGGCCCAGGCCACCAAGGAUUUGCCCAAGACCUUGACAUAUUCAUUUACCCCAACUGACCCUGUGAGUGAUGAUGUGAUAGACACCGAUGGUAGCAAAAAGUUGAGUGAAGCCGGCAUAAUGAAUGGUGGUCGUAGGUCCAGCAUUGAAGUUAUUUCGGGCAAACUCCAGCACAAUGAUCUUCCAAACCUGCACCCAAACCCACACCCGCACCACCCAACACACAAGAGGCUUUCGCUGGUCAUGAUUGAAGAAGCAGCACUGAUGGCACAGUGUUUGGACGAUCUGCCAAACGAGUGCACACAGCACUGUGCAGAGGUGCAGGGAAGAGAUAAGACAAAGCAGACAGGGCAUGGAAAGCAGCGUCAUAAGCCACUGCAGCUUUUACAGUCAGUGUGUGCCAGAGCACUGCGGUCCACCAGGGCUGUGCCCCCUUGUAAAGAAAACCAUGAUGAUGACAAGCCAGAAACAGCGAAGCUGUUCUCGUUUCUUCAAGUUCUCACAGCGAUAUUUGGAUCCUUCGCACAUGGUGGCAACGAUGUUAGCAAUGCCAUUGGGCCUCUGGUUGCACUCUGGAUGAUCUACUUCGAUGGCAAUGUGUACCAGAACUCCGAGACACCCAUAUACAUCCUUCUUUACGGGGGAGUAGGAAUCAGCCUCGGACUGUGGAUCUGGGGUCGGCGUGUUAUCCAAACAUUGGGUGAAGACCUCACCAAAGUGACACCUUCCAAUGGCUUCACGAUUGAGAUAGGUGCAGCCUCGACAGUUCUGCUGGCCUCCAAGGUGGGCAUUCCGAUAAGCACCACACACUGCAAAGUCGGCUCCAUUGUGUUUGUGGGCUGGGUACGGUCGCGCAAGGGCGUCGACUGGGGUCUCUUCCGGAACAUCAUCAUGGCCUGGCUGCUGACGCUGCCCGUCACCGGAGGCCUAACUGCAGCAAUCACAAGCAUCCUGUAUGCUGCCUGCUCCCUGUGAACGUGGUAGCAUCGUCUGAAGUCAUGCCAUGUCACACCCCAGUCAGACUCGCUGCGGUGCCUUAGUCAAGGCGGUCACAUUCACUGCUUCAGUGGUGUGGUCAGCAUUGCCAUGGACCUUACGACGAGCAUGCGGCAGCAACCUUCUGGAGAACCAUAAGCCAUCUUCAGCCAAUUGUGACAUCGUGCCGGUGGUGCUUUCUGUGUGCGAAAAAGGUGGUCCAUUCAGCACUCUCGGGAUACUUGAAAAUGCCAGAAGAGGCGGUAUGAUGGAACUUCCUUUUUUGUUUGAUCCCACCAUGCCAGCUUGCAAGGACACACAGUGACAACCGCGCUGUGACGACUUUGCUAGCUGGUGCGAACAAAUUUUUAAUAAUGUUGGCAGACAAGUUGCACGUGGUUGGGCCGGAAGAAUUGAAGAAAAAGUGUUUGCUUCGGGCAAUGGUGUUAAGUGCAGUGGAGCAACAUCCUUCCGCAGGUUGCUCUUGGCAUGGCAGGCAUACCUACAGUGCUGUGAGCAUGGUGAAGACUGCCGUGAUACGCCCCCUAGUGUGGACCUUUGUAACAAACUGAGGGAGAAAGUGUGCCGUCUUGCGUGUUUAUUUUGCGGAGGAAUUGCUGCGGAACUUUUGCUAUUUGUUCUCAUUUCAGGACGUGCUAGUCUUUGGUGGCGUGUUCUUGAGCUCGGAGACACAAAUUCCAGGCAGUGUUAUCUCUACUAUUAUUGGCUCUUUAGUGAUAGAGCUCCCCUUUUGUUCAAAUUAUUUGGUAAGCCAGGUCUCUUGCAAUAAUGUUCGCAACUAGUCUGUGCAUUGUGUUUUUCGAGUGUAGCUAUGCGAGCAUAAUAGUAAUAUGUAGUCAGCUUUAAUUUUACUAUUACACCGAAACAUCUCAGUGAUGUGGCAGUCCAAGGAAUUUAUUUACACUGCUGCAUUGUUGGCUGCAUUGUUUUGUGCAGCCAUUGUAAGUAAUGUGGAAUCUGUUGUUGAACCUUCUUUGUUCUUGGAUGUCAUGUUGAGAAUGUGGUUGUGAUGGAAGACCGUAUCCUCUGGGAUGAAAGCAGGCUCAAAGGAAGUGAAAUGACAAUGCUAACAGCAUUGACAAGAUCUUUCCUUUACGUACUUGUGUCUAAGUUAGUAUCUUUAGCUCUGAGGGUGAAUGUGUUGUCUCCUGAAAGCCAUGGAAAGAAUGUGGUUAGUAAAUAUUGUGCAUAUUUUAGUUGCAAGCCUAAAGUUGAAAUGUACAAUCGAAGACGCUUGCAGAUACGCUCAGUCAACCUAUAUGUAUUUACCUCUUAGACAGUUGUAAUAUAUCGUAAUAAUGGUGCAUGGAACAUACUAGUGUGAUGUUGGUUUCGUGUGCUAGCCUGUAAUGUAAUGUUCUUACAUGUAAUGCAUACACUUUUUUUUUCCCACUAGUCUGUCGUACAUGUUAAAUGUGUGCCACUGCUGUCAGUACAAGUCAUACCCUCACGUCAGCCUUGCUUGUUAGUUGAGCAUUGCCAGUAAGCUGUGUCAUUCCACAAGCAUGAAAGUAAUUCAUAAGUGUAAUUGGCUGUCUGUUGUAUACGUUUCAGCUACAAAGAGCAUUUCUGUGUGUUAUGUUACCUAAAAUAAUCACUUGCCAACACAGCAUACCAACCGAGUCGUUUGCUGGGAAGGCAUGGCUAAGAACAUUAUCGGUGGUAAGAUUUAAGUGCGCAGUCACUGGCAAGAAUUUUAGCCAACAGUUUCUUUUCCAACAUACCCCAAUUGUUCCCAUGUGUUAGAGCUGAGGAGAAAUAUGUAGUAUGAUAACUGCGCAUGAAAAAUGUACUGACACAAGGUUCAACAAAAACUUUGUACUUUUCCUAACUGAGUGGCCAAGAUAUUCCUGAACUUGCAUGGUGUGCUUUCGGCAUGUGUACAUCGAAGCACAGAUGUUAGAUUUGCUGUCGAGUUGGAAGGAAGUUGUGAUUACUUUAAGAAUGUUUUACCGCUUUUAAAUUAGUAGUUUCUCUUGUCUAGGGAAGUUGUCCUUCAGGUUGAUAAAAUGUUUGUCAUGCACCUUAGUUGAACUGGUUUGUUUGCAGCCUAUGCUUUUGACCAAAGGAAAUUUUAAAGAUGGUCAUGACACAUUUUCUUUAAUCUUUCCAGCAAGGAGGAUGGGCUAUGUUGCUGCUGUAGUAUGGAUGUGGCAGCUAUGUUCCAACUUGUCUCUCACCGUGAUCAUCAUCAUUAGUGUGUCAUUCGAUUAAAUAGCCACGUUUCUUUAUUGAAUGCUCUUUAGAAUAGUUCCUUUGCAAGAUCUCCAUAAAGCUUUGUUGAAUUUCUACAGGACAGUGCCUGUGAUUGAAAAAUCUACAAGGGCACUUUGUGGAGACUUGCCAAGGACCAGAUAGAAAAGAAUAUGGUUGGCAAACAAACCUGGCAAUGUUUAUGAAAUGAUGCAUUAAUGACAGUGGUAAAUACGAAGUUGUACACUGGGGAGUUUUGGUGUGGUUGCCGUAGAGGCGGAGUGACCAAGCAACAAGUGGAAAACGUAAGCGCUUUGAUGGAUAGUGAGACACACAUAUGAUGGUAGUCAUUUUACCUAAUCAUGCAGAUUUUAAGCUGCAAGUUGUACCUACUAAUUAGAUUAAGCAUGAUUUUAAAUCAGUUUUUAACUGUCUAAAUUUAACUGUCUAAAGGUGAAAACUGCAUCUUCAAGUUGUAUGUCAAGUGUCAUUCAAUUUGUUGUCUUGUUUAUGUAUUUCAUGAAAGUAACACUCGUGAAAGCAUGUUUUUACUUGCAAUUUUUUAUGAAACUCAGUAUCAGCUGCUGUAAUUGUGGUAGCAGGUAUACAUAAAUUAUAGGAUUCAGAUAUAGUGUAAGUGAAUGCAAUGUUGUAAAUCUGGCAUUUCAGAGCUUUAGGGCUGGUUGACAAGUUGUAAUGGAUGCGCAACAUAAGUAGGUACUAAUUCUUAUACUAGCUGUCAGUGAAAUUCGUUUAGUUGUAAUUCAGAGUUACCCUGAAUUAGCAGAGCACAGUGCUUGAGGAAACCAUUUCUGCAUUGAAAUUUUAGGUAGGGUGUAAGGGGGGAAGCAGUGAUGCUUACUCUAUAAAAUAAAACAUCUUUCUUUCAGUGAAAAAGAGUGGCAAAAUAUGUGAAUAUAGUGGUUGCAAAAAGCAUUUUAAUGCUAAUGUGCAUGUUUCGGAGCCAUACCUCCAUGCAUGAAUUGCAGUGUCUUGUAACACACCAGGUAUCCGACGCUGUAUAUUGGAAACCACUCUUUUCAGAGCAACAUUGACUAGAAAUUUGUGAGGCCGGAAAGUACUUUUUCGGCACGAAAAGUUGAUAGUGAUUAUGUUUAGAGCUUAAAAACCCGCAGAAGCACAUUGCUGAGCCUACUUUUGGAGUUUUAGAAACCCGAACUCUUGACGCACGCUGGUUGUGCGGUCUUUAUCAGCUGUUUUCGUAAGCGCAGUGUAGCUGGACUACUGUAUGCUCUACCUCAGUGCAGCGACUUAGUCUUGCAGAUUGAAACUGGUUUUAAGAAAUAGGAACAGAGUUUCGCCUUCACUAGUCUAGCAAAGCUACAUUUUUCCAGUAGUUGCCUAGCUCCUGUGUGGCUGCAGACACUACUGGACAAGCUGCUGUACAUUGUUUUGGUGAUAUUCUAAUCAAAAACUAUUAUCAUGCUAUGACAGAAAGAUAUUGUGCCAAAUAGGCCCUCAAAUGCUCGGAGCUUUUUUCUGCAAAAUGGGCUAAUACUACAGUACAAGGUAAUGCACAACUAUAAAAUGGCACAAAGAUUUUCUUCGGUUUUAUUUUCGCUUGUAAAUAAUGCGGCUACUUUUCUUAAAGGCUGAACGCGACACUGGGACAUUUUGUUUUAAAUGCCUAGAUAGUAUGAUCACUAUAUGAAUUUCUUAGUCAGAAAGACAUGUACUUUUGUGUUCUUGAACUUUGUUAAUGGUUCGCACUUGCCUUGGGUCAUUUUUCAAGAUCAUGUGACAGCCUUGUGAGUUAGUUGAUGGAUGCAUCUUUUUGCACUGCAGCCCACUUUCUUUGAAUGUACCCAUUUCUUUUUCCCACUGCCAUUUUUAGAUUGACAUUAAAUCUUAGCAGCUUGGGGCCUGAAGCCAUUGCAUUGCAGUCUCUGCGUUGGAAUCAAUUGUUUUUAGGCCAAAGUAGAAUUGGUAACCGUAGCUGCAGGGGCAAGACAGAAGUGCUGAAUCCGAUGUGCUCCAAACUAGCUAUGUUUCAUAAUGAGCUGUAAUUGAUUUGGUAACUUCAUUUAACACUUGUUUUAGGUUAACAACAAAGCUUCUUUUCCUUCAGAGGUGUAUGCUGAAUUGUGCUGCCACAUUGGUAACCGCACACAGUUUGAUUGUAUUAUAUGUUUGCAAACAAGAAAGCCUUGGUUGCUACUUGAAAUCGAAAUAUUUUAAUUUUUUAAAUGUUAUUUUUUUUAGAACUACUUAGCUGCAUUCUGAUUGAUUGGUCUGUGCGAGCUGAUUGGUGCUCCUUGAAAUUUGAUGGUUGUAGUCUACACAAUGAGUCUAGAAAUUAACUUGCUAUAAAACUGAUUUUUCUAUGUAUCUCUUGCCGCAUAUUUUUGCACAUGUGCCGAGACAAAGUUGUGUUACCAUAUUUUGUGAAGGCAUCUGCUUGCUUUUUGGGUGUUAGUCAUUGAAGAGUGUGCCUGCUGUAAACAGUGCUCUUUCUUCGCAUUUCUUGGUAUACUUUGCGUUUACUGUGCAAUACCUUUUCUGCUUUGUCCAUGAAGUGGCAUAUGUUAUUUCAUCAUUUAGUUAUGUAAACUUCGUGUUUUUUUGUUUUUAUUUUUCGUUCCUUUAACUUUUUUUUUUUACAUAUUACACCCUCCUUUGGGCAUUGUGCCAUAUCUACAAGAGACAAGAGGUAUUGAUAUGAUCCAAGGUAGACUUGGAGCAUUUUCUAUAAAAUUUGGCAAGA